GCAUGGACAUUUAUGUACAUGAUCUGAUUCAACUGAGGGAUAAACUAAAGACAGACAUAGUCUACAUUAAACAACUUCCCCUUCAGGAUGUCUUUCCCGUUAUAUAUAAUCACGAGGACCCAGAUGAUACUGACCUUCCUAGUGAGCAACAGAUGGAUGAAUUAAAGGGCAUUUUGGGAGGAGAGUGUGGCAGAACCAGAGCUGUGACUAACAAAAAAAAACAGCUGCUGACCGAGAUAGAAAAACUAAGACAGGAAUACUGGAGGGUGAAGAAGGACUGGGAAACCAGGGCUCAGGAAGAACACGGUAGGAGAACAGGAAUUGAGACACAGAUAGAGGCGGACAGUUUGGAACAUGGAAUUCCCCUGGCAACCUCCAGCCCUAGAAUACCUGGAGUAAUCCAACCCCUGACAGAUGAAUUUUCCAAACUCACUCUAACACCUGAGGAAGGGGAUAAGAAAGGCACACAACUGCGGCUUCCCAUGAUUACUGUGGGUAGCACUGAAGUCCAUAUCCCUCUUCCUUUAGGAUUAAUGAAGGAACUGAAAGAUAUGUGCCCCAAUCCAAAAAAGGACCCUAGAGCAGCAGCUAUGUUUCUGCAGAAGUAUACCGCAGGGAGCCAUUUAACUAUGGAGGAUAUUCAGAUAAUACUAUCAGCCAUAGACCCAGACACUGGCUCCCAAAUCGAUACAGAGGUGGUCUGAGCAUGAACAGUACCCGUCCCCACGGGGGAACAAUUACUAUUAGGGGUGCCCAGAACGAGUCCCAUCCUUCAUUAUGCAUUUUGUUCCAACU